ACCUGCCUAGACACCGAGCCGCUGCCCUGCGUCAGAUUUCUUGACUCAAUUGAACCUUCUUGUUGAUCACCUUGUCACGCUCAUUGAUUCCGUGGCCAUUCGAGCAGCUGGUAGCCAGCUGCGGUUCCCAUGCAACGGAGGACCAAGUCAUAUGACAGCCUAGUUGCACCGAGCCCGAUUGUCCCAACCUGCCGAUCGAGCUCCAGCACAUCCCGCACGGGACGCUACACCAUGUCUCCCCUCUCACAAGAGGUUCGGGCAGAGAGCCCGGCUUUGAUGCUAUCCGAUUCGAAGAGUGAUCAAAUGACCGACUUCCUGAAGUAUAUCGAGACCCCAAGCGGGGCCCCGCAGUCGACGGGGGCUCGCGAUAUAUUCCGAGCCGGUCAAAGACGUCUCCGACAACUUGCUCAACGCCCACGGAAGAACCUCGACCCCAAAUCCAAAGCUGAAGAGACGGCUCGUCAGCUGAUGGCGCUCCAGGAAGGGGGAUUCCUGCCGUCGCAUGUUGCCCUAUCACCCAAGCUUGCACCCAAGCGAUCAUCCCACAAGCAAAGCUUAGACUCCAGCCGUUCCUCGUCCAGAUCCAUCUCGAAUCUCAGCUUCAAGUCCAGUUCCCGCAGAGACGUUGAAAGCAUUGGACAGCCCUGGCUGAGUGACCCACUGGAGAAAAAAGACAAGCCUGAUACCCAAGCCAGCCACCCUUCUUCGCUCGAUCUCCGAGAAUUAACCUCGAUGGUGGAAGCGGCCGUGUCAUGCCCCGCGCAGCCAGACGAUAUCGACCCACCCCCUUAUCGGCCAGUCGAAAUCUCGGAGCAGAGUGCUUCGAGGCCAAAUGAGAAUCGGACUAGCACGUUAAAUCCGCCAUCGGACCAGAACACUCGUCGCAUUGAAGGUAUAGAAGAAGGGGAUACUGCGGCCAGUAGGCCGGAUACAGAUGCACCUGGCCAGAGUGCAGAUUCCCGUCGAUCUAGCACAGAAUCCAAGGCUUCGGCAUCUGGACCAGUGUUAGCUAGUACACAGAACACUCAAACUCAACCUCCUCCAACAUUGAAACUGUUCCCCGAUACGCUACCUCCGCGAGUAUCUAGUAAAGGAGCGUGGCGCAUAUCAGGUGGCCGUCCAGCAGCGCCCGGCGGAGCCCUUCCUCUUGCACCUGCUCAACGUGCUAUGAUUGAGCCAGUGAGCGAAUGUACUAAAUUAGAAGCAGAUUCUACGUCCACAGAGCGACAGCCUAGCACCGCUCCAGAUAAUCGGAACAAGGGGACAUCGGGAGAACCGCAAGGAAAAGAAGACACAGACAGCUCGAAGAGCGAGCCGCCGAAGAAAAGCUGCCGGCGGCCUUCCUCCUUGCCAAUGUGCGCCAUCGAUGCAUUCCCCAUUCCAGCACCCAUGAGACCUCUGCCAUCAUUACCUGAAAUGGGUCCUACUGUUACUGUCCACGAGCGGACAACGUCCGCCCGGCCCGCAUCCUCUACAAGGUUGAUGCUAGUGGGCAAACGGUCAACUGCUGAGAAUGAUAUUGAGAUAAUUGGUGAGAUCAAUAGUGAACCAGCUGGAUUUGCAUCAAACGCGCUUGGUCCCAAUACUCUGGUGCGAACAGGCCCAAACCGUGCGGAGCGGGUCAUGGCACUGAAGAAGCGCGAUGUGACCACAGGCCGUCUCUAUCUUAAUGGCCUGGACCCUCCUGAAGAAGGGAACGAGGAGGAACAGCCAGCCGAUGCGUUGACACCGGAGCCUGAGACCUCUCGAGAUGAUGAAAAUAUCUCGGACGCUCGCAAAAACAUCGAGCACCAGCCGGAUUGCAACAAACGGUAUCAGCGAAUAGUGGCUUCGGAGCCCCCAUCGCCACCACCGCGCUCACCCCCGCCAAUGAACCCAGCGAGACAUUCCACUGGUCAGGCUGGUCGACAGUUUCCGGCCUCUUCGAAGAAGUGGGACCAGGGUUUCUCCGAAGAGCUUGAGCUGCAGUCAAGGCUGAAUAAGACGACUGGGGUACAGCGAAGCGGCAGCGUGCAUAGCUCAAGCACUCAAGAGAGAUUGGCCAAAGAGAAGAGUCUCAAGGUUCGCUCUGAAUCGCCGCUGCCAUCGUCCGAUGACGAUUGCACUGGUGCUAGUAAGCGGACUCGUCCAGCUGCAGGGCGGCGGCGUCGUUCCAGACCAACACCUUUGGCUUUCAGGGAGCAGGCCACAAACAGGCCUCGCUCUGCCAAGAAGUCAUUAUCGGGACAUAAGAUUCCACUGACUCCCAGAGACUAUCGACUGCAUGGGUUUGAGGGCCACUCACCGGAGUCCUACCACUCCCAAAGGACCAACCAGUCGCAGGAAUCACGAGAUGCCAGGCAGUCGACCCAGAUAAUUGAGGCUCUCGAGGAGCGCAUCACGCACCUCGAGCGACAAAAUAAGAUCUUGCAGGCUGCUCUCUUAGCCGCACUGGAUGUUGGCACCAAGCAAAGUCUGGAGUCUGUGCUGGGGGGGUUGACUACGCCGCCGGCGACCGCAACCCCAGGCACGGGCAGAUCUUUCUCCUCGGAGACCAGUACUUCGGUGUCGACACGUGCACGGAAGUCAUACUCGAGGAGAAGCAAGAAACCCCCCUUCCGGCCUGAGAGCUGGAUUGCUAGUCCAGGGUCUAGUCGGAGGGGUAGCUAUGGGACGGAUGAUAGUGCCAAUGUGCAGGAGCUCGAGGAUAUGAUGGAGGAUCUUGACUUGGACUGGAUGUCGGAGAAGCCGGAGGCUUAGUGCAGGGAGGAGACUGCCAGGAUGAUACAUGGUGUGUGACGUGCACUUGUUGAGUG